AUGCUGGCGGCUUCAGUGGACGAUGAACAGGCGGAAGCGGAGCUGUCAGAAAUCAAGUCUCAGGCCAAGAUGAUCUUUAGACGACUGAACCGCAAUUCGGCCCCUCAAGCUAGUAUUGAAUCUGGGCAAUAUAACCUCCACUAUACAAUUAAGGACGACAUUUGCUUCCUCUGCAUAUGUGACCGCUCAUACCCUCGCAAGCUUGCCUUUACUUACCUUGCCGAUCUCGCAACCGAGUUCACAACGACAUAUUCCUCAUCCCAAUACCUCUCACCGAGUUUGCGGCCCUAUGCGUUUGUCGAGUUCGACACGUUCAUCCAACGCACCAAGAAGCUUUAUCAGGACAGCCGCGCGUCGCAAAAUCUAGACAAGCUGAAUGACGAACUCCGUGAUGUGACCAAGGUGAUGACGAAGAAUAUCGAGGAUCUUUUAUACCGAGGUGACAGUCUGGAGCGAAUGGGUGAAUUGUCGGGCAGACUACGAGAAGACAGCAAGAAGUACAGGAGAGCCGCUGUUCGCAUCAACUGGGAGCUAUUGAUCAAACAGUACGGGCCAUUUGCUGGAGUUGGCCUAAUAGUGAUCAUUCUCCUUUGGUGGCGUUUCUUCUAGUCGUCGCCGUCGUCGUUAUCUUCUUCUCCGAUUAUCCUUCUCAAGUGUAUGGCUGUACGCAUAGUUAAUAUCUUCGAUCAUGUGCUGGACACAAUGCACCUAUUCAUAAUAUGCCACUCAAGGGUUGGUAUCAACAAGAUAUCCCUC